GGUUUCUACCGGUUUCUUUAACGUACACUUUACUAUAAAUACAGUAUAAAUAUACAAGCACAGUUACACACUGACUGAGCCUUCGUCCACUCAUGUCUGCUCUCUUCUGACUGUCUUCAGAACCCAACUAAUCUGACAGAAUGCUUUUCGUUGCGUUUCUUGCACUCCUGGCAGUUUGUGCUGCAUCUGAGGUCGGGCCUCAAUACUCAUUCUCCCCACCGCUGGGGUCAGGAAGUGGCAGCCCAUACACCGUCACUGGAGAGGGAAGGAUCACUGCCAUAAGAGUAUGGGAAAACUACAAUAGCUACAUCCGAGGCAUCCAGUUCCGAUACGGCUUCGUCUGGUCUCCCGUUGGUGGUUACACUUAUGGAACUGCCAAAGAAAUAGAGUUGUAUGAAGGUGAAGCCAUCGUGCAGGUGUCUGGGAAGUACCGUCACUAUCUGGAGUCUGUGGUCUUCACUACCAACCAGGGCCGCUCCCUGUACGCGGGCCAGCCUUAUGGUCACUCCUUCAACAUGUACCCUGAACACAGAGACGCAGAACUGGUCUUCAUCAGCGGUCGGGUGCGUGGAGCCAUCACCUCCAUUGGGACUCACUGGGCUGUUGUUAAUCCAUCCUUCAACAGCACAGCUAGACACUAAAGAGCAGGGAUCUGGCUUUAAAUGAGAAAGCCACUUUACUAUAUAUUCACAAAAUGAUCAUUUAGAUUGUUUGGGGGCAUUUUCAUGAGCAGCUGAAAUAAUAAACAAUGAGUUGUGUUUGUCUCUUAAAAAUCUAAAGUUGCACUAUUAACUUGAACAAUUCAAAUUAACAUUUCCUGAUAACUUAAUUCAUGCAAUUACAUUUAAUUUCUAUUAUUUGUAAUUUUGGUUCUGUUGUUUAUUUAUCAAUUGUUUUUUUGUUCCUUUUGAUCAUUCUGUUAUUUUCAUGUCAUGAAGAGGCCAAUAAAUUGUAAAAUGAUUUUGCUCUUCUUCUUGCAAAAUUAGCAACAUAUUAAAAACAAAAUAAAGGGAAAGAUUCUUGCUCAGA